AUGUCGGAGUUUGCUACCACUGAGGUCAUGUAUAAGCAUCCCUCUGCCGUCUCGAAGACAUAUUCGACAGAAGCGUCUUCUCCUCAUCCUAACACACUUGGCAACAUGACUAUCCAGAAAACAGCCACAACAACAACAACAGCUACACCUUUACCCUCUAGUCUUCCAUGCGGUGCAAUGUUGCCAAGCCAGUCAACCAUCAAGGGCCGCCAGGUCUGGCCGUCACCACCUUUGGCAGCCGGGGAUGUCGACUCCAACUACUGCACCCAGGAGAGUUCAGCUCUCUGUAAUAGCCUUCCAACACAGUACCAUUACAUACCUGCCUCAUCCCAUGGUGGAUGGUGUCCUGUGGUGCCCACCAUGGAUCAGUCCUUGGAACGAUACGGGGCGCAGGGCCUAUCAAAAAACAUGCAGGAUCUCUCGAGUGCUUGCACAUUGGGCCCUGCAGUCGAUCUGGGGUUGGACAGCACGGACGGCUUCCUUCUCGCCCUCAACUGUGAAAAUGAGGAUCCAAGCAGCCAAUUUUGGGACGCUGAGAUUGUGCCUUCGGUGGACACAUUCGAGACUAGCCCGGCAUCUCAGUCCGACUCUGUGGUUGAGUCCCCGGCUUCGAUGGACACACCCAGAGAUGUCACAACUAUACACCGCCAUCUCGAGAGCCGGUCGGUUCCCUCUUCAACAUCGCCGCCAUCCGACACAAACGACUCUGGGGAAACCGAAAAGUCUGAUGAGCCAUACGCAAAGCUCAUCUACAAGGCAAUCAUGACGCGACCGGAUUAUUCGAUGACGCUGCAAGAGAUUUACCAGUGGUUUCGGGAUAAUACGACCAAAGCAGUUACAGAGACUGGGGGUUGGCAAAACAGCAUUCGCCAUAACCUCAGCAUGAACGCAGCUUUUAGAAAACGUGACAAGGUAGUUGCAAAGACACCCAAGCACUCGUCAAGUACAGCCGAGGAGUCCAAGCGGGUAAACGAAUGGGUCCUGGAGGACUGGGCCAUCCGUGACGGAGUGCAGAGCACCACCAGAUACCGAAAGAACAAUUACGCGAAACGAGCCGGGUCCGUGGGUCGAGGCGGCCAAGGAUGGGUCGGCGUCGAGCACUCGGUCAAGCGAGCAUUGUCUGGUAGAAAGGGAGGGUGCGCAACAAGGGCUGCACGAAUGCGAAGACGAGUCUCUUAUGGGCAGAUAAUGAUGCCUUUGCCUCAUCACCCUCGACAAAUGCUCGAAUACCAGCCAGAAUUGCAUACCUAUUCCUCACCAGCAGACAUUUAUGGCAUAUCACCUGUUCUUCCGGACCACUAUAAUACUAUGCCCUACUAUGCUUCCCUUGAAACCUACCCAGAAGGCAUGGUGGCUGCAUGUGCCGCAGGCGAAUCAACUUCUGAGCCUCUGCAUGUGAGACUGGGGGACGCCAAUUUGCAGCACAUCAUAGCCAACAGCACCAACCUGCACCACGGCAAUCACACCGUGCAUUGCGAUGAGCCUAUUGGCCAGGGUCACCGAACACCAGCAAUGGACGUGAACAUUGCAUUUGAUCUCAGCGAACUACCAAGGCGUCCGGGUGCUGAGUACCAAGACGCCAAGGCCUACGUAUCAACGUCACCCACUUGCCGUCCCUUUCAACCUUUACCGGAGAGCCCAUACGUAUGGUGGAAUCAACAACAUCCUCUGUAG